AUGCGCCCUAACACCCUCAGGCCAGGGUCAUCCCUCGCGGCCGCCUUCUCCUCCCUGACGCUGAGCACAUACACCUCGACCUCUGCGCGCAGCUUUUCCACCUCGCAAAAGCUCGCGACAAAAACGAUCCCCCUCCCAAAGAUCCCCACGGCGCCGGUCCCGCCGUACCCCUACGGCCCUCGCAUCAUCUACAAGCAGUCCAACAACGGCCUCUACGGCACAGCCCGCGUGCGCCGCGGCCACAACGUCUCGGAGAAGCACAACCAAAUCUCGGCGCGGUCCUGGCGUCCCAACGUGCAGCGCAAGAAGCUCUGGUCCGACGCCCUGGGCGCCUGGGUCCGCACCAAGCUCACGACCAGAGUGCUCCGCACGAUCCGCAAGGAGGGCGGCCUCGACAACUACGUCACCAAGAACAAGGCCGCGCGCGUCAAGGACCUCGGCCCGGGAGGCUGGAAGCUCCGCUGGCUCGUGCUGCAGACCCCGUCCUUCCGCGAGCGCUACCUCGCCGAGCGCGAGAGGCUGGGCGUCGAGAGGCCCAUCCCCGCCGACAACACCGACCUCGUGCCGUUCCUCGUCAAGGCCGCCAUCCGCGGAGGCCUGCACAAGGUCAGCGGUCUCGAAGUCGAGGAAAAGGCGGAGCAGAUGAUGGAGGAGGAGUUUACGCUCGGCGACGAGGCGGAGCUGGACGCCUUGGUGGACGACGCUUUUGAGGAGGUUCACGUUCCUGGGCUUGAGGACGCUGCAGCUCAGGAGAAGAGAAUAUGA